GGACUGCUGGAAGAAUACACGAACUGUACGUACAAAAUAACCACCAUUAAUGUCCAACACAACACACACUUGCGACUCUCUUCCCAGGUUCAACUUUGUAGCUUAUGGACUGCGUGUGGCGGUCGGUCCCUUCAGACCAAACUAACAAAGCCGUCCUUUCCCACUACCGGUACCACCACACACGCACACACACACACACACACCCCCUCCCGGGACUAGGACCUUUUCCCAGACGCAGUCUGCUCUUUUCUUGGUCCAUAUUAUCGUCCACCCAUCCCGCUGUCUCUCUCUCGGACCUCCCUCCAUCCCUCCUCUCAUCUUUGACGAUUCCUCCUUCAUCCAUCCGUCCAACCUCGCCUCGCCUCGCCUCACCCCGCCCGGUUGCCGCCGCCUCCGAACUACGAUUACCUUACUCCGUAGUGACAGUGUGUGCUUGCUAUACACUGCUCCUCCUCGACCAACCUUGGCUACAUUCCAAGAAGCUUCCGCCUCUGUUCAUUCUCCCACUCCCCCCUUCUCGCGCGCACACUCCUCUCCCUCCCCUUUUGUCGCAUUCUUGUCCUUGCUUUUCUGAUACCCUGUACCCUCACCCGAAUACCAAGGGGGAUGAGCAAGAAGAAAAGGGACCCUUAAAUCAGUCCACAAUUUGAUCUCCAAGCAAGGAAGGUGGACCACGAGAGGAAAAAAAAAAAAAAAAGAGAUCACACACUCUAGCCUGGUCUGCCUGCCUAGUGAUUCAGCCCAGACAGUCAGUCACCCAGCAAGCCAGCCGAACCCUACGAACCGAAAGUUGGCACCAUUAGUUACAACACUACCG